CACGGAAAAUUAUGGAAGAUAAAGUAAAAGUCAAACAGACUGGUAACGUAUACCGGCCAAAAGAGCACCGAUACCAGGCAAUAACGCUCAACCGGGAGAGGAGCCAUGUCGACCUUCAGCAGCCUCUCAUCUCCUCCGUCUUCCAUGGUAUACUCCCAUGGAAGACCUCUUCGGCAUCAUCAUCCUCUUCCUUUUUCUUCUUCCUUCUCGACUCAACUCAAGAGUAAUCGGGGUUGGGGUCAUGGAAGACUCGUUUUGCUUAAAGUGAAGUGCUUGAACGAUCCGAGUACAGAUGCUUCGGAAUCUGGACCAACCUCACUAUCUUCCAGUUCUUCCACUUCUACUGGCAUUUCGUCAUACAGUUGGUGUGCAGGACUCGGAGGAUUAGGGUUUCUUGAAACAGCUUACUUAACGUACUCAAAGCUCACAGGUUCAGAAGCAUUUUGCCCCAUCGGAGGUGGUUCAUGUAGCGAUAUUCUUAAUAGCAACUAUGCUGUCGUUUACGGUAUUCCCCUUCCCUUGAUUGGAAUGGUUGCCUAUGGCGCUGCAGCAUUUCUUGCACUAAAGUUGGCUACAAAGGACUUGCCUUUUGGGAUGGAUGAAAUUAAUGGUGAAUUGCUUUUACUUGGGACAACUACCUCGAUGGCAACUACAAGCGCAUACCUUUUAUACAUUUUAAGCACACAAUAUCCAGGAGCUUCAUGUUCUUACUGUUUAGUCUCAGUUCUCUUGUCAUUCUCCUUGUUCUUCACAACCACAAAGACUUUGGGGUGGCAAAAGAUUCGAGGAGAAUUGGGUUUGCAAUUAUGCAUAGCUGGUCUUGUUUUUGCUGCUUUAAGCACCUCAUAUAAUGCAACCCUUCCUCCCCCUGAAAAAUUUGGGGAGAAGUUUCUUCCAUACACUCCAACUGAGAUCAAGGCACCAUCAAGUCCUCUUGCACUUAAACUUGCAAUACACUUGCGUGCCAUUGGAGCUAAAAUGUAUGGAGCUUUUUGGUGUUCACACUGUUUAGAACAAAAACAGAUGUUUGGACGUGAAGCAGCAAAGGUGUUGGAUUAUGUUGAAUGUUAUCCAGAAGGGUUUAAAAUUGGAACUGAAUUAGGGAAAGAAUGUGCAAAGAUUAAAAUAGAAGGUUUUCCAAUGUGGAUCAUCAAUGGUCAGGUUUUGAAAGGGUAUCAAGAGUUCCCUGAUCUUGCUAAAGCAUCUGGAUUUGAAGCUGGUGAAUUCAGUGAAGAAUUAGCAAAGCUAGCUAAACAAGCUGAAGAGGCCAACAACAUUCAACCAUGAUGAUGAAUAUACAUGACAUGUAUGCAUGAAUACAUGAACAUGAAAUGACCAGAGGGUUUUCAUAAAACGACGUGUUUGAUUAUGGACGAAAUUGUAGAAGAAAUUGAGAAAUUUCUGCUUUGUUUAAUAUUAUAAAAGGUCCUGGUUAUGGACAUUUUAUGAAGGGAUUAGGUUGUUAAUAUACCAAACUUUGUUAGCGGAUGUUUUAUCAAGUCAUAUUGUUAUACCAUGAAUUGUAUGUAUUUUGUUGAUUCAAUUUGUAACACGAGAUCAAAAUAUUGUAUUAUUUAUACCAUUAU